AUGACCGAACAAACGCAGCAGCCUGACUACCAUCUCAUCGGAACCCAUACGAGAUACUCCAGCUGGACAUCCCGUGUAGAAACGGUCCUCAAGUACUUCAACAUCCCUUACACAUCCCAGAUCAUCCACUUAUCUGAGGUCAAAAAGGUCUCCCAUACAGGCCUAGUCCCAUUGCUAGAAUGUCGCUCACUCGGCCAAAACAUCCGUCUCAAUGACUCCCUAGCCAUCUGCGAGUUUCUGGCCGAGUCCAAUCCCGAACUCAAUCUCUGGCCGCGCGACCGACGGCUCAGAGCAUUGGCGCGCAGCGCAGCAGCGGAGAUGCACUCGGGGUUCUCGACAUUGAGAAAUCAUUAUGGCACGAACUUCAUUGCCCGGUAUACGGGGAACGUUCCCGUAUCCGAGCAGGCAAAGAAGGAGAUCGAGCGACUGCUCGUUAUCUGGGAUAAUGCGAGGCGUACGACCAUGGCUUGUUUGGCCGAAUUGAAAGAGAAGGAUGAGGGAUUCUUGUUUGGUUCGUUUAGUAUUGCCGAUGCUUUCUUCUGGCCUGUUCUUUGGCGCUUCCGUACCUAUAACCUUCCUCUUGACACGGCCAGUCCUGCUGCGUUGGCCUGGAUGGAGACUAUGUGGAACAAUCCCACUAUACAGAGGCUGGCGCAUAACUAUUAUCGCCAAGCAGAAUUACCGGAGACGCGGAUCGCCCACUAUGAUGAUAUCUUCCACGACCGGGAUGAUGUUCAGUAUGGCACGUUCUUGGAGGGUUGGACGUUCAGCGUUGCUGAGAAGAGGUUUAACUGA